CCUGAGCCUCACUGGGAUGUCUGGGAAUGUCCCUCAUGACACAGCUCCGUCUGCAGGAGCUCCGGACCCUGCUGGGCUCUCCUGGAGCACUGGUGGGGCUUGGAGGGGGAUGAAGUUGGGAUCCCUGUGGUGGAACCUCCUGUGCUUCCAGGUGCCAGCAGUGGGCGAGGGUGAGGCAGCCGUUCUGCCUGAGCAGGAGUGGGGGAACACGGACAACCAGGAGCUCCACGGGAUUGCUGUGAAGGGGAAUUAUGAGGCCACGGUCCCUCUCGGGGAGGAUCAGUCAGAUCAUGUCAGAGGCAUCAUCAUCCCUGGGCUGAUCCAGCUCCCGAGCCCUCCCCAUGUGGAAUGUGGGGGGAUUCCAGGGCCUGGAGGUGCCGAUUCCAAAUCCACGCUGCUGCCACCGGAUGAGGACAGGGAGGAUCCUGGGAUCCCUGAGCUGCCAGAGAAGGGAGCGGUGAUGGGACAGCUGGGUGACGGUGAGAUGAUCGUGAUCAAGAAGGAAGAGCAGCAGCCGCCAGAGGACGGGGCUGAGCUCCUGGCUCUGCCCGUGGCCCCCGCGGAGAGGCUGGACGAGGAGGUUCCCCUGAGCCAGGAGCAGCCGGUUCCCUGGGAGAGCCACGGCGUGGCCGGGCCGAAGGCGGCCGGGGCAGGACUGGGGGAGUUCUCCCUGGGGGAAUUCAAGCCGGUGGUGGUGCCGGUGGAGGCUCACCCCGCCCCGGGGCUGCCCUUCCCCAUGGAGCACGCGCUGGGCGCGGGGACGGAGCAGCCCUUCGCCCUUCCCCAGGGAAUGCCGCUGGGAGAAGACCCCGGCGCCGAGGGGGCCUCGCCGCAGCCCGGCUGGGAGCAGCACGAUCCCUGCGCCGCCGGCGACGAUCCCAGGGCGCUCCCGCCGGGCUGGAAGAGCGUCCGGCUGACGCGCAACCUCCUGGCGCGGCAGCAGAGGAAGAGCAACGGCUCCUUCAUCUGCUCGUCCUGCGGGAAGAGCCUGGCGCACCACGCGGCGCUGCUGCGGCACCAGCGCCUGCACACGGGCGAGAGGCCCUUCCAGUGCCCGGACUGCGGCAAGAGCUUCAACGAGAAGUCCAACCUCAACAAGCACUACCGGAUCCACACCGGGGAGCGGCCGUACCGCUGCCCCUCCUGCGGGCAGGGCUUCGUGCAGAAGCACCACCUGCAGAAGCACCAGCGCAUCCACGGGCCGCCGCGGGGCGCGUGGCCGGGCCGGCCGGGGCGGGCCAGCGCCGCCGGGGAGCGGCUCUACCGCUGCAUCGAGUGCGCAGAGAGCUUCCCCCAGAAAGCGUCGCUGGAGGAGCACCAGCGCCGGCACACCCAGCAGCGGCCCUUCCAGUGCCACGGCUGCACCAAGAGCUUCCGGCACCGGCAGUCGCUGAACCACCACCAGAAGGUGCACGCCGUGGCCGGCUCCCCGGCCGGCAGCUUGCCGGGACACAAGCGGGAGCUGGAGCCCUGCGAGGCUCUGGGCCAGGACAGUCGGUAGCCGGAGGGCUGGAGGAGGGAAGGCAGCUGGGGUCACAUCGCCCAGGGACUUGUAGCACUGCCGAGGGAAAGGCCCCCAGGGACUGGUCACGAGGCAGCAGAGGAGGGUCAGUGGCUGGAGCCGGGCCAGGCGGUGCCGCUGCCCCGUGGAUUCAGCGGAGGAGUGGCUGUGUUGGAUCUCGGGGAAUGGUGGAAUGCAGGGUUGUUUGAACACUGCCAGCCUGGAGAGAGGUGGCCUGGGAGUGGUCGCUGGCCUGAGGUGGUUGAUGAUCUGGGAGUGGUCAGUGUCCCCAGGGUGUUUGGUGGCCCAGGGGUUGUCAGUGGCCUGGGUACACUGCGGGGGGCUGGGCUGCGGUUGGAAUCAGUGGAUGAACCAGGAAGAGACUUGGAUAAAAGA